AUGAAUACAUCGAUCUCCAUCUCACCACUUCUAUGUGCUGCGAGCACUUUCGAAACCCCUGAUGUAUUUGGCGUGAAGUUCCUCGCUCUCGAGGCCUUACGGGUGGAUAACUUUAGCCGCUAUGUUUCCGAUGAGGAGUACUUCCACAAUCCAGAGGUCUUCGUCGAAAACGUGACUUUUUGUAACAUCACUGUAACCUAUACUCAUCCAGGCCAACAGGAUACUGUUGUUGUUGAAGCAUGGCUGCCAUUACCUUGGAACGGUCGCUUACAAGCGGUCGGCAGCGGUGGUUGGACUGCCGGUCGUACGCAACUGUCAUAUUCCAUGAUGUCAGGAGCAGUUGGUGCUGGAUAUGCUACGGUUACCACGGAUGCAGGCUUGGGCACCUCACAGGCUCCUAUGAAUUGGGCCUUACACAGUCCUGGAACUGUCAAUUUGAACGCCCUACAGAACUUGGCUUCUGUCUCCUUGAAUGAGCAGGCUCUCAUAGGUAAACAUCUCACAAAGAGUCUAUACGGCGAGUCACCCAAAUUCUCCUAUUUCAACGGCUGUUCUCAAGGUGGGCGUCAAGGCAUCCAACUAGCUCAGCGGUACCCGGAUGCAUACGAUGGAAUUGCUGCUGCUACGCCUGCCAUUUAUUGGCCACAGUUCUUCCAAGCAAUGCUCUGGCCACAGCUGGUCAUGAACGAGCUGGGAGAAUAUCCUCGCACGUGCGAACUGGACUUCCUUCAGUCGGCAGUCAUCAACAAAUGCGACGCCGACGACGGUAUCGUAGAUGGCAUCAUAAUGGAUCCAGACUCGUGUGAGUUUGAUCCACUCGAACUUGUGGGCACACCGUUCUACUGUAAUGAGACAGGAGGGGACCAUGAGAUCAGCAAUGCCGGCGCCAGAGUCGCCCAGGCAUAUCAGGCAGGCGCCCAUGGACCCGAUGGCGAGUUCCUUUGGUAUGGGCCCCAUUGGGGUGCAAAUCUUACUCAGACCAUAUUCGGUACUCCUGGGCUAGCUGCUACAGAUUGCACAGAUGAGAAAUGUACCGGGAAACCGUUCAUGUUCUCGCUCUUCUGGAUGAAAUUCUUCGCCACAAAAAAUCCUUCCUGGAGCCUUGACGGAGUGACGCGGAAAGAAUAUGCUCGCAUUUUCCGACUGGCGGUUCAGGAGUUCACUUCGAUAUAUGGCACCGCAGAUCCCGAUCUAUCACUAUUUCAGGAGGCAGGAGGAAAGAUGAUCACCUAUCAUGGCUUGUCCGAUGAUAUCACUCCUUCAAAAAACACCCAGCAUUAUUACAAAGAAGUACUGAAGAUAAUGCCAGAUGCGCACGGCUUCUUUAGAUACUUCGAAGUGCCCGGUCUGGGGCAUUGCUACGGAGGCAAUGGAGGCCAACCGACUCAUGCAUUCGAAGCACUUCGGGAUUGGGUAGAAAAUGGCAAAGCCCCGGACAACAUCGCUAUCGAUGUGCCGCGGCAUGGGCAAGCACAGAGGCGCGUUAUUUGCCCCUUUCCCCAGAAGGUUCGGGUAAAAGCUGGUGGAGAAGAAGAUGACCCAGACACAUUCUAUUGCUCAUAA